UGUGGUCAUUCGUCCUGGCACGUGAGAUGCAGCACGUAUGGCGCCGUUAGUUACAGAAAUCAGUAUCAUAUCUUUCUCUCACUAUAUCUUCUCUCAUCCUCUCCACCGUGCUGCGAGCUACUCUCUGCUGCGGGCAUACUCUUCUCUCUCUUUAAAGCAGCCAUUUUAUCUCGUUCUCUUUCCAAGCUUCUUUUGAUCGGCGGCAUUACCUGAAAAGGACGCAGCGCAGCGACCCGGCCAGUUCAAGCGGAAUCUCAGUAGUCGAUCUGAAGUAGACCAAUACUAUGGAAACUUACUACAGGAAAAGAUCCAGAAUGGCUUCUUCAGCCCUCUCCGUUAUGGAUUAUCAGGACAGCAGCGUGGCUGGGGCACUCGCACCAAUUAUGCCACCUAGACACUCUCCUAUGCCCACUACACCCAACAAGUGUACCGUGCAAUGCAGUAGUGCAGAGCAUGAACAUCUGGAAUGCAAUUUCAAAAUUGAAGUGGGCUCAAUAUACGAGGUUGAUCACAUCUAUCUUCCUCCAAGAACGCCAGUUCAACUCAGGGCCAUGAGAGUUGUUAUGGUGAGUGAGAAGACAGUCUUGAAUGUGGCAGUAAGGUAUCCAAGUUUGGAGUCACUUCAAAUAUAUUUCUCUAAUAGCAUGAGAGAAAUGUAUCCAGCUUUGGAUGAGAAGUUUGUAAUGGGUACCGCUCUGGCUGAUAAAGUGCUUCUCAGGCAAGUUCCAUCUCAAGAGUUUGCAGAAAAGAAGCAUCUUGAAAGCUUCUGGUUGGUGGAUUCUAUUUCUGCUUCAAUAGAUCAGCAUCACCUUUCUCAGGAUGAUGAUUCUACUUCCAGUAAGGGUGUCUGCUUGUCAGAACUCAAAGUUAAUGGGAUGGUUCGUUGGGGAGUGCGUCGCCAAGUCAGGUUUCUAAGGAGGCAUGAAGACAAUAACAUCAACAAUACAAAGUCAUCUACUUCCAGCAUUAUUAAAGAUGAUGGUGAAGAUGAUGAUGAAGUGCCACCUGCAAUAGAUGUUGAAAAGCAAGAGGAAGAUGAUGAUGAAGAAAAUGAGCAAGAAGAAUUCAAAGAGGAGUUUCCUGAGAGUGACAAGGACCUCAAGAGAAAGAGGUAUAGUUUCAGACACACCGCCAUUAGGAAGGCCAAAAAAGUAAAGCGUGAGAAGCAGCAAAAGCUGAGGAACAACAACAUGAAGAAGAGAAACAAAUGCAAGAUGCUAGUACAAUUCAAGAACCCCAAAGAUCGAUGGUCUGAAGAAAGGUAUAAAAUGGCAGAGAAGAACCUUCUGGAGGUGAUGAAGGGGAAAGGAGCAACAGCAACUAACCCAAUCCUUCGGCCAGAACUAAGAACAGAAGCCAGAAAGCGGAUUGGGGAUACCGGAUUGCUAGACCACCUUCUUAAGCACAUGGCAGGUAAGGUUGCACCGGGUGGGACCGAGCGGUUCCGUAGAAGGCACAAUGCAGAUGGAGCCAUGGAGUAUUGGUUGGAGAGUGCUGAUUUGGUCAAUGUGAGGAAGGAAGCUGGCGUGAGUGAUCCUUAUUGGAUCCCACCACCUGGUUGGAAGCCCGGCGAUUGCCUCACACCUGAUCCAAUCUCUGCUCAUGAGUUAAAAUUCUUGAAAAAUGAGAUUAUCACCCUAAGAAGAGACUUGGAUGAGAUGGCACAAUCCAAGAAACACAUGGAAGAAGAUGUUAAGAGGCUGAGAAGGGAGAUUGAGGAUUUGGAUGGGAAGGUAAAGCAACAGGAAACACCAGCUACUGUCGUUUCAAAAGAAAAUGACUCUGAGAUUCCACCAGUUCCAUUGAAUGCGUACAAAGAACAAUUACAGGUCAUCACCUCAGCUUUUUUGGCAAAAAUGGAGGAACAAAUGGAGAACUUCGUCCAUAAAUUGGAAGAAAAAGAAAAGGUUUUCUCCACACUAGCGGAGGCAACAUCAGCUACAUUAACUAGUGAGAAAAGGCAAGCAGAGGAAGGAAGGAAGAAAGAGUUGGAAGGGCGGGCAAGUGUACUAACUGCAGUUGAAGAAAAAGCAGCAAAGAUACAGAGGUUCAAGAGCGGCUUCAGGAUUUGCAAACCACAGGGAACCUUCCUUUGGCCCACCAAUUGCACCACCGAAAACAACAUGUCAUCUCCUAAGGUUGUUGUCCAGGUAGAGGAUCUCUUCAUGGUUCCAACCCCACCCUCUGUCUCUUCCUCUAGUGUCACAUCAGCUCCUCCCCUACAUCUCCGUAACAGUUACUUUCCACCAUCCCCUGUUUCCCCUGUUAAGCCUGUGCCAGAAAGACCCCCUGCCGUUAAGGUCACAGUCUCCUCUGUCUCAAAUGCCUGCAGCAGCUACACUCCUAUCAACAACAACGCUAAUCUGAUAUACCUUAAUGACGACCCCUUCAAUGGAGACAGAAUCUGUGGGGCCCUGUCUUCAAGACAAACUGUCCUCUCCUCCACUGAUAUGAUGCCAAGUAUAUUUCCAUCUUCAAAGCAUUUGGUGAUGAGUGACAGCGCAAGUAAAAGCAAUAUUGGCAACAGCUGCGCAAAUGAACCAAUCAAAUCCGCAUCCACAUCGCCCAUGCCAAAAGAAGAAGGAACCUGGCUGGCUUUGGCUACUCCAAACACUAUUGCCUCGGGCGAGUCUUGCCAGUUGGCCGGAUGAAGUCUAGAAGUUAUCCAUAUAUAUAGAGAGAGUCCUACACAUAAGCACAGAAUGGCAGUGCUGGCUUAAAGAAAUCUUGGUUCCUUUUGUUAUAUAACACAUGCAAGCAAAGCUUCAUCCUAGACCUAGAGUAAUAUUGGGAUGAAGCUUCAUCCUAGACCUAUAGUAAUAUUGGGGCAGAGGAUUAAAACCAUAAGAUUCUGGAUUUGACAUUUUGUCUGCUUUGAUUCUAAAAAGAGAGUAUGACUUUGCCUAAGCGUUCU